AUGUUUCGAUUAAUAUUUCCAGUUAUUUUCACCUUAUUCGUUAGCUGCCAUGCAGGUACCGUACUGGAAAAAUUGGCUAUAAUGAAUGGCACUUUAGCCGCUGAAGGUCAAUUUCCCUAUCAAGUUGAUUUACAAUUGGCUCUCGAUGGAUCACACUUGUGUGGAGGGUCGAUAAUAAAUAAGCGCUAUAUAUUGACUGCUGCCCAUUGCGUAUACUUUGCACUAGAUGAUGAAGAAGUAACCACAAUUAGUCCAGAUGACGCCACGUCUGAUUAUGAUUUUAAUCCUACGACUGUUGAAUAUGAUAGCUCUGAUUCAACAACUGAAAGUUCAAAUUCUGACCUUGAGAAUUCAUCUACUGAAAUUCCACACAACCAGACUUAUGUAAUAUUGCGUCCAAAAGCAUUACGUAUCCUUGCUGGUGUUAAUAAGAGAGAUGAUAAAAAUGCUAUUUUGUUCGAUGUCGAAGAAAUUAUUAAACACGAAUACUACGGAAAUGAAGAUGCCGAAACUGAACAUGCUGACAUUGCAUUGAUCCGACUAAAACAAGAUAUUGAGUUCAAUGAUGAAAUCCAACCUGUACGGUUGGCUUCUUCUGAAAAUGAAGAAGAUGUACUGCCAGCAGGUGCCACUGUAUACAUUACUGGUUGGGGAUAUACGUAUAAAUGCAUGGAAAGUCACGAAGAAGAAGUCAAUGACUUACGUGUGGCCAAAAGACAAAUUUCGGAUUUCGAUCAAUGCCGACAUAAGUACUUAGAAUUUAUUAUUAAGGAAACUAACGAAACUGAUGUGGACAUGCCGCUCGACCAGGGAAUGAUAUGUUCUGUUGGUUAUCAGUACAGUUGCAAGGGUGAUUCUGGUGGUCCUGUAGUUGACGAAAGAGGAGUUCAAGUGGGUGUUGUGAGUUUUAGUACAGAUGGUCUUCCAGAUGUCCAUACAAGUGUGAGGCACUAUUCAGAAUGGAUCGCUAACAAUUCCAAGAUAACGGAAGAUGAAGAUUCAUUGUAA